CUGUACCGGUUUCGGGAUCCCCCCCUGGCCUCGUUGGUCAGUGCUGGGCCGGGGGCUGGAGGAUGGGACUGGACGGGGAGGAGACUGCUUAUGUGGGGUGGUGCAAUGUGGCGCUGCGAGGUCCUCCUGCACUCAGAGGACGCAUGAGAGCUGAGGAUAGUCGGAGCAAACUGAAUCUGAGUUAGUGUUCAAGUCAGUCUACCUCCCAGAGUGACCAUGAGAGUCCUCCUACUAAUCUGCAUGCCAGUUCUGCUGCUCGCCCAGGCCCAGUACCAGGAACCGUUCCCUUUUCUGGAGGACUAUGGGCCAGAUUAUUUUCCAGACUCUGAAAACCCUGACACUCUUCCUGGAACCUACCAGCAGCAGGUUCGACUCGAGCCAGAGGUCCGUCCGGAAAAAUCAGAGUCCGAUUUGGAGACGGAGCCCACGGAGCCUGGGCCUCUUGAUUGCAGAGAGGAGCAGUAUCCCUGCACCAGACUCUACUCUGUGCACAAGCCAUGCAAGCAGUGCCUGAACAGCCUCUGCUUCUACAGUUUGCGACGGGUGUACGUCAUCAACAAGGAGGUUUGCGUGAGGACUGUGUGUGCACAUGAAGAGCUGCUCAGAGCGGACCUGUGCCGCGACCAGUUCUCCCGCUGUGGCGUGGCAGCGCUGAGCGGCCAGUGCUCAUCACUAGGAGGAAGCUGCGGGAAGAGCUGUGGUGGCUGCUGAUUGAGUUCAGAGAUCAGGGACGCUACCUGCCCAGAUACUGCCGCUUUUUCUACCACUCAUGCACAUCCUCCCACUUUGUCCUCCUUCCUCCAAGUUUCUCCUCACUUUGCCUUUUGACUCUUCCUGUACAACUCUUUACUCCUGUGCCAAAAGCUCUUCUGCAUUUGAAGUUGUUCUGUUUAUCUUUGUCUCUUCACAUGUAUGUCUGCCCAGUAGAUCCUGUGUGUAUGGAUAAAUAUACUCCAAAGAACAAUGAUGAUUGUAUAAAUCACUGGUGCUAUAAAAUCAUCACACUGGUGCUAUGAAAAACUAUUAGAGGUGCACAUAAAACUGCGGAAUAUCUUUUUUUUUUUUUUUUGGCAUAUUGUACCAUUAAUCACAUGCUUUGUUUGUUGAUAUGUUACUGUACUUGUGUUGAAAAGCAGUCAUUGUCAUGAUGAUCAACUCAUCAACGGUGGCCACUGCGCACUGACAUCAGACAAAGCUAAUCAAUAUCCAGCCGCUAGCAGCCUCAUCGUUGAAGAUCACGAGAUGUGUAAAGAAACAGGUGGUGAGUGACCUCAGUUUUUGUACUACUGCCACCUGGAUCUGCGCUUAGCAAUCAAGCAGCAAGCUAAUAUAAUCCAGUGGCAACAAGUGGCAUCUCACAAACGGCCUCUGUACUACUGCUUUGUAAAACUGUCACUAUAAAGACUGAGAAACAAAUAAACUUUUUUUUGUUACUACA